CAACGCGACGAAUGACAGCGACCUGCGAACUCAACACACUGAGGAGAAACUCUCUCGUUUUGGGUCCAAACAGACGCUGAGCCGAGAUGCUGGGAGUGUUCAUCGACAAAACCCCAGAAGUAAAGUGUGUGGGGGUGUUGGCGUGAAGCGGACAGCGGGGUGCAGCAGAGCAGGAGCACAUCUGGGGUCCAGAUGAAGUGUUUGCUGAUAGCCAGCGAGAGCGCCGAGGUCCUUUUUCACUGGACUGACCUGGACUAUCAGCAGAACAUCCAGGAGCGGUAUGGAGCCGCGCAAGAAGAAGGGGAGGAGCUCCCUGCCUUUGAAGACAUCCUGAGCACUCUGUUUGCUCCGAUCAUCAUCUCCUACAGCACCAUGGAGGACAGCUACACCUCCUUCACCACAGCCGACAACCACAUCUACGUGCUACACCAGUUUGAUGAGUGUCUCUACAUCGCUUUGAAUGGAGACGGUGAAGAGAAGGAGGAUGAUCUGAGGAGAAAACUGUACGUGGUGAAGAAGAUGAUCGAUGUCAUGUUUGGCAUGGUCACCCUGAGCGGGACCCUCCUGAGAAAAGAGCUGCGUCCUCAGGACACAGAGCAAAGAACACGACUGUGGAAGUAUCUGCAGAGUCUCAUCGAGACCUACAGCCACCUCCGGGACAACGACCAGAGUUUCUUAGUUGAGGCAGUGGAGAGGCUGAUUCAUCCCACUCUGUGUGAGCAGUGCAUCGAGUUCCUGGAGCGCCGCCUGGUGCAGCAGCUCAACAGCAGCGUGGAGAGGGCAGGAGAGGAGGUUCUGCACGCCUUCAUCCUGGUCCACACUAAACUGCUUGCUUUCUACUCCAGCCGCAACGCAAGUAUCCUCACCACCUCAGACCUCCUGGCGCUCAUCGUCAUGGCCCAGAAUCUGUACCCCAGCUAUGUGGACCUGGAUGAUCCAAGUCCUGAGGAUGUUGAGAGCACAUCUGGUUCUGGUCCUGAAAGUUUUUACACCCCGGAGCCCUCACCUUCCAGCAGAGACUCCAGCACUGGCAGAGGAGGAACUCCCGUGUUCGAGUUUGUGGACCCAGACAUCCAGAUGGCCGAGGACAGCUUACACACACUGGAAGUCGGUCCACCCGACCCUUCAACCCCUCGCCGGGUUUUCCUUGAUGUGUGCCUCAAAGAUGGAUUGUAUCCCAUGAUGCCUCACUCCAUGUACUGUCUCCCGCUGUGGCCUGGCAUCACCCUGGUUCUGCUCACUAAGAUCCCCAACAGUGCAGUAGCCAUGUCUGUGUAUAAAUACUUGGAGGACUUUAACAAGCUGGAGAAGCGUUUACAAGAAGGCCAAGGGAGUCCUGCUGCAGCCAGAAGCCCUCUGAACAUGUAUGACGUUCGCAGCAAACUGGACAAAUUUAUCAAAGCUUUAGGGCCUCACGAGUUUCAGUUUGCACAGCUACAGAGCGUCUGGACAGAGUUUAAGAACAAAGCUUUUGCCAAAGGAAAAUCUGGAUUUAGCAGAGAUCUUAUUCCGUUGUGUAAGAAAAUGAAGACCCAGCUGUGCAGCAUAUAUCGACAAUGUUUCCUCAUGGACGUUCCUCAGCGCCUCUCCCUUGGUCUGCAGGAACGAGCCCAGGCUAUGGUGCAAGAGAAACUGAUGGACUGGAAGGACUUCCUGUUGGUGAAAAGCAAGAGGAACAUCACAAUAGUGUCGUACCUGGAGGAUUUCCCAGGCCUCAUCCAUUUUAUCUGCGUGGACCGAUCGAGUGGCCAAAUGAUCGCUCCGUCACUCAGCAUCACGGAGCGCACCACGUCUGAGCUGGGAAAGGGACCUGUGGCUCAUCAUAUUAAAAACAAGGUGUGGGGCCUGGUCAGAACAACACGGCGCUAUCUUCAGAAGGGUUAUUCCACCGUCACUCUGCGUGACGGAGACUUCUACUUCUGUUACUUCCUCUGGUUUGAAAACGAAACUGGGUACAAGUUAGACUCAGUGGACAUACCUGUACUAUCUGAUGACUCCCCACCCAUCGGGGUGCUUGCCUGUGAUUACUACAAGAGGUUACUUCGGUACUACAGCAAGAACUAUAAAGAUAAAGUUGAGACUGUAAAGUGCUACGAGCUCCUGACGGUCCAUCUGGGGGUCAUCCCCACUGAAAUCAUCCUCCAGCACUGCAGACAACUUGCAAGCAAACUGUGGGAGCCGUCACGCAACCCGCUGCUGUAAACCGGCCGUCACACUGA